AUGGACAGAAAGUUGGUCUCGUUAAUUGUUGAUGGUGUGGACAAAACUGAUGAAAAUAAACUUAAUAUAACAACAAUUUAUGGUAAAAAAUCACCGGCGGUUAAUCAACCUGAUUCUGAUUUUAUUGUUCCUCAUGAGAUUAUCUUAUCGGGAACAGUUGAUGGACCUGAAUAUGGAUUAACGGAUUUACCAAGUGAUGAGUUAAUUGUCAUCAAUUCAAUAUCGUUAACAAAAUUGAACCCGGAAAGUUAUCAUGAUAUUGAAUUUAAACCACCAAUUGGCUUGGGAUGUCCAUCGUUGGUUGAGGAGACUAAAUUGUUUCCACAAUUGUUUAAUUCUCAACAAUUAAGCUUCAAAUCAAUUGAAACAUCAUCUAAAUCAAGUGAGGAGCAAAAUAAAAUUAAUAUUGAGAUUUACGCUAAUUGGGAUAAAAUUAUCACGAUAAUUAAUCCAAUUAUCAAUGAUCAGAAUGUUAAUCACAAUCAGUCUACAUGUUCUGUGUCAACAAUUAACUCGGAUGAUUAUUUAAAUCAAGUUAAUCAACUAUUCUGGAUUAAAGAUGAUCUCAAGUAUAGAGGACAAUUCCCAUCGUUUCAGGGAGAAUUGGAAACUUGGGAAUCAACUAAUUACGAGGAAACAAUUAACGGAAUUAAAUAUGACAGAGUUAAUAUAAUUCAUAUGUUACAAAAGGUUAAUUCAACAAUCAACUUGACUAAUUACAUCCUAAUCAAUUCAACACGAACUAUUUAUAAUGAAGUUUACCUGGGUCAAUACGAUUUAAUUGAAUCACAAACUCGUCAGGUAUUAAAAUUUGAUACGAUUACAACAAUUAACCAAACAAUGGAACAAUUAACAGUUAAUUGUAAACACUGAGAUGAAAUUAAAAAAUUAAUCGAAAAAAAAUAAGUUAAAUCAAAUUAUCUCUCUAAUAUGAUUUAAUUGAUUUUCCUUGAUCAUCAUCGUUUCUUUUUGAUUCAAUUGAUUGUUUGGAUUAACUUUCAAUAUCCUUGAUAAGAUUGAA